UUCGACAAAAUUUCUUUGCUCCACACGAGCACCUCAGAAGGAGUUCAUUCAUCCUUUUGCAUAAUGCAUAAGGAAAUGAACAGUACAAGAGAGAAAAUAACCAAUUGAUGUGGCAGCUACCAAGUGCGUGUUGCAUAAUUUCCAAGUGCAACAUGCGCAUUCUUUAUAUUAAUUUAUGCCCUUUUUUUGGGGCGUUUAUGCAAAAUACAAAGUGCUUCAUGCCCCAAGGGAUCGAACAUGUUCGACGUAGGGGGGAAAUAUGAUUAAAAAGAGAGCAUAAAGAUUGUGGUGAAGGAACUAUCAGGGACUGAUUGUAGCCUGGUUUAAGAAUUAUUUAUGAUGCAAAUCGGGUUUACACUCACAGAAUUAAGGAAACAGAGGGCAGAGAGAGAGAGAGAGAAAAAGAGUGAGAGGGAACGAGAACGCGCUAAGAAGAAUUCGCCAACUCAGCUCAGGGCAUAAAAAGUCGAUUAAAGCAUCGACUGCUGUGGAGGCGUUUGCUCCACUUUUAUAAAAACAAAAUGAUAUUAAAAAGUUUAUUUGCUGUUCUGAAAUUAAAAAACAAAGUUAAAUACAAAAUCGUACUCGAGUCUUAAGGCGAGUGAGCGAAGAAGCUUUAAAGUGUUAUGCAAAUAAGCCCAUUGAACAAAGAAAGCGGCGCGAGAAAGAAAGAAAGAAAACAAAACCCAAUGACAGAGACAGCAGAGGAGAAAGAAAGAAAGAAAGAGGCGAUAAAACAUUCAUAUUUUUAGUUUUAUUUAAUCGUAAAUGACCAUCGACGAUCUCCAUCUCAAUGUCUCGAUCUCGAUCACCAUCCGGAGAGGUAUAAGUAGCCCACGUUAGGCAAACAUCAGCGUCACUUUCUUUGGAAGUACUAAGCCGUCCAGACCAGACAUGACAAUGCGUUGUAGUCUGUCCCUGCCGCUCCUGCUGUUGGGCUUUUGCCUGACUCUAUCGUGGGCUCAAUAUCAAUACGAAUCGCCCCAAAAACAGCAUUUUACUUUGGCCCAGCAAUUUGCCGAUGCUGUGGAUGUCGUUGAACCUCAACCCGACAGCGAUCUGAAGUCCUCACGUCCAUCUCGUGGCAAGCAGCGUAAUCAGUGCACUGUGAAGCAGAAUUGCUUCUGCGGUACACCAAAUGUCAAUCGCAUUGUUGGAGGUCAGCAAGUGCGUUCCAAUAAAUACCCAUGGACUGCCCAACUGGUCAAGGGUCGCCACUAUCCUCGUCUCUUCUGCGGUGGCUCCCUAAUCAACGAUCGUUAUGUCCUCACAGCUGCUCACUGUGUGCACGGUAAUCGGGAUCAGAUCACCAUUCGUCUACUGCAAAUCGACAGAUCUUCCCGGGAUCCUGGCAUUGUUCGCAAAGUUAUCCAGACCACUGUCCAUCCCAACUAUGAUCCCAAUCGCAUUGUCAACGAUGUGGCCCUACUCAAACUGGAAUCCCCUGUGCCCCUAACCGAGAAUAUGCGUCCCGUUUGCCUGCCCGAAGCAAAUCACAACUUUGAUGGCAAGAAUGCCAUUGUUGCUGGUUGGGGUUUGAUCAAAGAGGGCGGUGUCACUUCCAACUACUUGCAGGAGGUCAGCGUUCCGAUUAUCACCAAUCAGCAGUGCCGUGCCACUCGCUACAGGGAUAAGAUUGCCGAGGUUAUGCUCUGCGCUGGCUUAGUAAAAUCUGGUGGCAAGGACGCCUGCCAAGGUGAUAGCGGUGGUCCACUGAUUGUCAACGAAGGACGCUUUAAAUUGGCCGGUGUGGUCUCCUUUGGCUAUGGUUGCGCCCAGGCAAAUGCCCCUGGUGUCUAUGCUCGUGUUAGCAAGUUUUUGGAUUGGAUACAAAAAAAUACACAGGAUGGUUGCUAUUGUCAGGGCUAAGUCUCUCGUCUUUCCAUGCUUCAUCUCAUCGCCCAGCAUUGGUCAUUCAUGUUUCCUCCAUUCGUAAAUUAUUUUAAAUUAUUGCCAGAAAUAAACAUUUUGUCAUUCAAGUAAUUAGUUCAA